AUGUCUCACGUCCAAGCUUUUUCUAUCACUACUGCCCUCGUAGCAUCAGGUGGUAUCGCCACAUUGACGUUUUUCGACAUUCCUGAGCUUCAAUCUCAACCAGCCUCUCGCUCCCUUCCUGCAGUAAGAUGGCUCUUCAGUCGUGGAUCUCACGUCUUCCCAUCCGCGUCAAUCAUUUCUACUCUCGGCUUCAUAUAUUCCGCGUCAGUUGACAAUGGAAGCUUCAGCUCCCUCUAUUCUUUAUCGAACAACACUUCUAAAGCCAAUGGAUUUCUACUUGCUGCAGCUCUGUCCUUUGGUAUCGCACCGUUCACGCAACUCAUGAUUCCUACGAACUUUGCUCUUAUCCGAGAAAACAACAAACUGGGCGGAGCGCGAAGCAAGAAGGUCGCCGCAGAAAGUGAUGCCUCGGCUGAUAGAACUGCUCUUGAUUCUGUCAAGGGAAGUGGUGAGGGCGUUGAGUUUACCGAUCUUAGUGGGCCUCAAGAACGCACAAGGGAUGAUUCGAAUCAAGAACAAGAUGAAAAAGUGUAUAAGUUGCUGGAGAAGUUUCAUUGGCUCAACCUUGUAAGGGCUGUGCUUAUUGGAGCUGGAGGUGUUGUUGGUCUUUAUACUGCCCUGAGCUGA